CGCCACAUUUGACAGCUCUGCUCUAGUCAAGAAGAGGAAGAAGCAAAAUCAGAGCACAACCAAGCAGCAUACCGUGCCAGCGUGAGUCGACAUGUCAGACUAUGAAGUGUCAGUGCAGCAGCUCAAUGAUCUGUGUGCCAACAGUGACGGUUACUACAGCAUGCCAACACACCAUGUCGACGAGGUGUUCACCAGGAUAUAUGUUGGAAACGCGUUUGUGGCCAUGAACACGAUGCGUCUGAAGAAGCUAGGCAUCACCCACAUCCUGAACGCAGCGGAAGGCAACUCCUUCAUGCACGUCAACACCAACGCAGAGUUCUACGCUGGCACGGGCAUCACAUACCACGGCAUGGCCGCCAGUGACACAGACCACUUUGACCUCAGCGUCUACUUCGAGGAGGGGGCGGACUUCAUCGAGAAGGCCCUGGCACACAAAGAUGGGAAGGGUAAAGUGUACGUCCACUGCAGAGAGGGCUACAGCCGCUCCCCGACGCUGGUCAUCGCCUACCUGAUGCUGCGCCACAGGAUGGACGUUCGCUCCGCCCUGUCCAUGGUACGACAGAAGAGAGAGAUUGGCCCUAACGACGGCUUCCUGCGCCAGCUGUGUCUCCUCAACGAGACACUGGCGGCCGAAGGAAAGUUCUGGAACCAAUGACAGUUUGGGCGGAGUGGGUUUCUUUCCCCUGUACUUGUACCUUACAAGUAUGUACAGAUAAACAGACACGUGAAAGAGUGUAGGUAUUCAGGACACCUGUAAAUGUACACAGAUACACACAUUCACUGGCUGCCAUCCUUGUCUUGUAGGCUGGCUCAAGCAUGACUUGUCCUUUGAUUUCUAUUCAGACAGGUAUUGUAUACAAGUGAAUCCUCACACUCAGGAACAAUGCUGCCACCAUCCCUCCAUCUCUCGGCACCUUCCUUCCCUCCAUCCAACCUUGACCCAAUUCCUUCAGUCAGUCACACUGCCAGUCUUUUCUAGCCUCUGUGAUGUGAAGCUUGCAUCUACUCUCAAGGUGAUUUCUAGAGAACCAUUGAAUGGUUAUGUUGUUUACUUUUCCUUCCGUUCCAUUUGAGUGUCUUAAUGAGAAAUAGUUAACAUUCAGAUUUAGUCCUUUGUUGUAGCAUGUUUUUUUGGCACUUUAAUGAGAAACUGUGUGAUGGUUUACAUAGUGAGGCCUACAGUCUUACUGCGAUCAUGCUAUAUUAUUUUACACACACACACACACACACACACAGGGCAUGAGGACUAAACUAAGACCCCUGACCAAUCGUUUGUAUGACAGACAGUCCUCCCAAUCCCAUCUGUUCGAUCAUAUUAUUCCACAGCUUCCCACUGCCGGUAACACAGAUCAUGUGACACACCAAAACAAUGAUAUAUCCUAUUCACAGUAAUCACAGUUUUUUACAGUCUACGAUGUAAACACUGCCAGAAUGGUAAACACUGCCAUAAUGUGAAGUAUAUUUGGUUUAUUUUUAGUUAGUAGAGACUUAUGUAGUAUUGAUAUUGUUAACCUACUGUAUGUAUAUUAAAUGUAACAUUUUGAUGUAUGUUUUAUUGUAUGUAGGCUAUGAAAUAUGAUUGAAG